GCACGAAGUAGCGAGUGUAAGUGGACAUGGAAGAGUACUUCUUGUUCCUCGCUUUGAGCUUCUCUUGGCUCAAAAGGACGUGGAUUUCCCUUGAGAGGCAACGUGGAUGCACGUCCUUGUGGGACGGACGAUAAUGUUUUUUUCUCUCAAGUCUUGGUAAAAACGGCUUGACGACAAAAGCAAGUUCGACGAUCCUGCCUCGCUAGUCAACUGGAUCUUGAAGCUUUCCACGCGGCUCGCGUGAAUGCCGAGAUCUAGUCUGAAGUACCCAAAAGCUUCAAGACACAUCGAAUUUUUGAACACGAAAGAGUCAAAACAGGCAGCUCCUUCCCAAGAAUUUAAGGAUGUGCUCGACUCACAGACAACAAGAAUGGCUUCCCUUUCCGAGAAUCAACUGAAUGAAUGGCGCAAAGCUCAAGAAAUUGCGGUGUCUCUGGAUGUGGUAGCAGCUGCAAAAUCACAGUUGGAGUUUCUUUCGCUGGUACAUGCCAACUUCAGACUAUUUGAGAGCCCUGUUUUAGAAAGGGCAAUCGAGAGAUACCAGUACUGCUGCCUUCCGCUGCUAGCAAAUUCUUCUGGAACUUUUGUCCCACCGCUCGACUGCAAUUGGAUAUGGCAUUGCCAUCGCUUGAAUCCUGUUCAAUAUGCUGAGGACUGUAAGAGAUUGUUCGGUAAGAUUGUGGCCGGACCAUCUUUGGCGAGACACGAAAGCGAUCUCCAACAAAGCGCCAAUACCUGGGCUUCGAAUUUCCCGGACGAACCAUACACUCUAGACAUUUACGGUGGAGACGUGACAAGAAGAUAUACCGAAAGAGCAACCAAUAUCUCUUAUGACUUGGCAGAAGCGGCUCUCAGGCAGAAAAGUUUCUACUAUCAGGUUUCUGAGCCGCAUUACCUGGAUGAGAGCUUCUUGCUAGCUGCAGCUGCACGUUACAAGGCAUUUCUCCAUCUCAUACGCACGUCUGGGACAUCAACGUUUUUCGUUCCCACUUACGACAUCGAUUUGAUAUGGCACACUCAUCAGCUUCACACUGUGAGCUACCACAACGAUCUCACACAGGUACUGGGAAGGAUCUUCGAGCAUGACGACACAGAUAGCAACCGAGGUUCCGGAGGGAAACUGGACAAUGGAUUCACAAAAACUCGAUCUAUGUGGGAAGACACGUAUGGCCUUCCAUACGAGAAAGCAGGCUGCAUGUAUAGAGGGGAGCCACCAGUAUCCAUUCCUGGAACACCUGCUUAUGAUCCAACCAAGCUCGCUAGGCUUGCUAGUAAAAACGAUGAUCACUUGGCUGAGCGAAAGACCAUUCAGGUUCAUCUCUCCGUGCGAGGCACUAGAGGUUUGCCAGACGACAAGACCAUCUCCUAUGUGGUCAGCUCGUUAAACCAUCAAAAGUUUCUGAAGCUCGAAAGCCAACGACUGCAGGCUGGCUCUCAGCAGAACGUAGUGUCAGUCAUGACGGCUGAACUCUCCACCGAAGGACUGGUGCUAGCAGUUCGACGGAAGCGGUUUUUGACAUCCAGAACUGUGGGCCGGCUCGUGAUUCCAUGGAUAAAUGUCAUCCGUUCGGAAACACAAUCACUCGGCGGCUGGUUUCCAUUGCAGGAGGACCGACAAGUGUCGGUGCUGGUUUACAUCUCCGUUACUCCUCCAGUCACUGCGCCUUAUCUCUUUAGAAGCGUGAGAGUGAGAGACACGGGAGACGACUGUGCCACUCACGACAGUAACCGCGAAGGCAUGUGGGUAACAAGGAACGUUUUCGACCACGCCAGAGUCGAAUCCUUCGUCGUGCGUUGCAGAUACAAGCGUGGAGGGUUUUGGCUAAGAAGCAUUCCAGACACUGAUAAAGUUGUGCACGUUCACAAAGGAGGGUGGACAUACAAAGGUUCUUAUAACACUGGCUCUGUAAACGGUGAAAUUCUGGGAUCUGCGUGGCAACUGGAGAAACCAUCUUGGGAGUCUAGGAGAUGGUCUCUGCAGAACGGGAAGGCUAUUUUAACUGUGGACAGAAAUGUGAAGGAUAAGCGCUGGAACAUGAGACCACAGCUCCACGUUGAAAUGAAAUCCCACGACUGUCCGGUCAUGCUCUUCUCGGGUCGUCACCUGGAAUUUGCUGUUCCUGGUGCGUCAGACCGACAGGAAGCGUGGUUUGUGACAAUGGUGAGAUUCACAAGAGACGCUCCUCAAGGCAAGGCGACAGCUCUUUUCAACUGGCGGUCUGGAGGCAUGCAGAUUGAUCCCAACGAGGAUGUGCUGCUUGUGCUUCUUUUGUCGGCAACCAUAAGCAUGUCCGUGUCCGAUAUGCUCGGCAAAUCCAUUCCUUCGUGGAUGACGACGAGUAAACGAGUGAUCGUCUCAGAAGAAGAACAAGAUCAUUGGGGUGCUGUGAUGAUUGAUCGCCGUCGCCGCAAGGAGAUUGAAGGUGGUAGGCGAGAGGGCGGGGGCCACGGUGGUGACUUUGGCGGGGGCCACGAUGGUGACUUUGGCGGUGACACUGGUGGCGACUUUGGCGGUCACACUGGUGGUGAUGGUUUUGGUGGUGAAGGCCAGUGCUGGUAUGAUGGAGGUGGUUCGUAUUGUGGCGGAGGUGGUGGCGGAGGCGGGUGUGGCAUCAGUGGAGGUGGGGGAUGUGGUGGAGCAGGAGGUGGAGGAGGAGAAAUACAAAGAAUUGGCCGCAGAGAGAACAAAUGA